GAGAACAAAAAAAGGGAGAGAUGUCAUCAAGCACAAGUCUAGAUAGAGUUGCACUCUUGACAGGAGGGGACAAUGAUUUUGAAGAAGGCAAAGGAAGGUGGUGGAGGAGAGUUUUGGAUUGGGAAGAGGCCAACAAUCAAGUUUUCUUGUCAUUACCAAUGAUUGUUUGCAAUGUUUCCUAUUUCUCCAUCACUUUGAUCUCUGUCAUGUUUGCCGGUCACCUCGGUGAGCUUGAGCUUGCUGGUGCCACCCUUGCCAAUUCGUGGGCCAGUGUCACUGGUUUCGCUUUCAUGCUCGGAUUAAGUGGAGCGCUCGAGACACUUUGUGGUCAGGGAUUUGGUGCACAAUUAUACAGAAAGCUGGGUCUUUAUCUACAAGCAUCCUACAUCAUUUCUUGCUUUUUCCCCAUUAUCAUAUCCAUCUUAUGGAUCUACACUGAGCCCAUUUUUAUCUUGCUUCACCAAGAUCCUCAAAUUUCAAAAAUAGCUGCCCUCUACAUGAAGGAUCUGAUUCUAGGUUUAUUUGCGUAUGCCUUCGUGCAAAACAUUUUAAGGUUUCUUCAGACACAAAGCAUCGUCACGUCCUUGGUCUGGUUCUCAGUUCUCUCCUUGGGAAUUCAUUUCGGUAUUGUUUACACUUUGAUUAACCAGACAAGUCUUGGUUUCAAGGGAGCUUCACUGGCUGCAUCGAUUUCAUUAUGGAUUUCAUUCCUUUUGUUGGCAACAUAUGUCGGUUUUGCCAAGAAAUUGAAGCAGACAUGGGAAGGAUUGUCGUCUGAAUCGUUUGGUUACAUUCUCACAAACCUGAAAGUAGCCCUUCCUUCUGCAGCAAUGGUUUGUUUGGAGGAUUGGGCUUUUGAGCUUCUAGUGUUGUUAGCAGGAUUGAUGCCAAAUUCAGAAAUAGCUAUUUCGUUGAUCUCAAUGUGUGUGAAUACAGAAACUAUUGCCUUCAUGUUUACUUACGGCCUUAGUGCAGCAGCAAGCACGAGAGUUUCUAAUGAAUUGGGAGCUGGAAAUCCUAACAAAGCUAAGAAUGCCAUGGUUGUGACGCUCAAGCUCUCCAUCAUUCUUACUCUUGCACUUGUGCUUGCUUUAGCCUUUGCUCAUAAUGUUUGGGCUGGUUUCUUUAGUGACAGCUCCCUGAUUAAAAAUAAAUUUGCCUCAAUGGUAUCCCUGCUAGUAAUCUCAGUACCACUUGAUUCCUUUCAAGGCAUUUUAUGAGGGGUGGCCAGAGGAUGUGGUUGGGAGCACUUAGCUGUGUGGGCUAAUUUGGGGACUUUCUAUUUUAUUGGCAUGCCAAUUGCAUGCCUUCUUGGAUUUAUGCUUAAGCUAUAUGAUAAGGGUUUGUGGAUAGGCUUAAUAUGUGGCCUCUCUUGCCAAGCCAGUGCUCUCCUAUCAAUUACGUUGUUUAGCAAAUGGGCUAAGAUUGAUGUUUCAAUAGAAAGUGGUAAGGAAGCCUUGGUUUAGGGUUUAGGGUUCAAGCUCUGAAUCAGGAUAUGGACAAACCAUGUUGACAGAUGGGUCAUGGUUUGCUGGUUUGGCCAUGGGGGAUUCACCAAGAACAGCUUCUCCCUCUAUUCCACAAUCUGUUCUCAUGGCAUUAACCGCUGUCUCUCUCUUGUUUUCAUUUCUUUACUUGUAGCCCUUCUCUAUCUUUGCAUCAUGGCUUUUGUUAUUUUUGUUAAAUGUGAAUUCUUUGCAGAUUUGCAGCUUUGAUGGGUAAUGAGGUAUGGCCUUUGUUUGAAAAGCGGGCAGAUUCUUGGUCCAGUUUGUAAACCAUCAGCUUCAAGAUUCCCCCCUUUAGAAACUACAGUGUGAUAUAUAACAUUAAAAGGUGUUUGUUUAUCUAAAAUUUUGGGAUUUGUCGGCUCCUUUUUCUUCUUUUUCACUUGGAAGGGUUUUGUGAAGUUAAAGCGAGCCCAUCAGAAUCCAGGGGGAAUUUCUUGAUUCGGUCUAGCAUUUUUUGGUUCUGUCUUCUGCUAAACUUUGCUUUGCCAGUUUUGCUUCUUCGUUUCUUUUGGCUAAUUGGGUUUGUAAAGAGAACGAGAGAUCUUCCUUAAAAGUUUGCUUGUAAUGUGAAAAUGUGAGCAGGAUUUUGGCUGUUGUA